AUGCCGCCACGACGUGCUGCGACCCGCACGGCAGCCAUAAAGGCAGAAGAUGUCGAUGAAGAACCUCCUACGCGCUCAAAACGCGUCGCACGCAGCGUCAGUGUGAGCGUUGCGGAGAGCGAUCACGACGGUGCCAAUACUGCAAGCGACGUAUCCGACGAUUCAGAUCCUAAACCAAAGAAAAAGCCCGCAAAAAAAGCUGCAAAAGCUCCUGCGAAACGCGCUGCUCCGAAAGCGACGACGACGACUUCAACAAAAGCCCGCAAGGCGGCAAAGGCCCUGGCGGACGAGGACGACGAUGAAGAAGAGGAGAAACAGGAAGAUGUCUUUGCGACACCCAAACCUGUCGUCAAAUCGCGCGCAAAGGCACCGGUAAAGAAGUCCAAAGUGGCGAAACCAGCGGCAUCGCAGCAGUCGUCUCGGGCACCCAAUACAACACCACUUCCACGAACACCGAGACCAACGGCCAAGCGACCCGAUCCAGUCGCACUAGACGAGGAAGAGAACAUUGUCCUCGAAAGUCCGACUAGAAGACCACUGGUUAUUCCCUCUCCCGUGAAACUAGAAGUUGUGGAAGACAAGGGACCGAGACCUCGUUUAGUUAUUCAUAAGAUUGUACUGGUCAACUUCAAAUCGUACGCAGGCCGGCAAGAGAUUGGGCCCUUUCACAAGUCUUUCUCCGCUAUCGUUGGCCCGAACGGUUCCGGCAAGUCAAACACCAUCGACGCGUUACUCUUUGUAUUUGGAUACCGAGCGUCCAAAAUGAGACAGGGAAAGCUUAGCGAACUCAUCCACAACUCGGCCAAUUACCCAGACUUGGAUGAAUGUCGCGUCGAGGUUCAUUUCCGCGAGAUCAUCGACUUGCCAGGUCCCGAUGCAUUUGAAGUUGUACCAAAGUCGAGCCUCGUCGUUGCCCGCAGUGCUUUCAAGAACAACUCGUCACGAUAUACGAUUAACAAUAGGGCCAGUAAUUUCAAUGAAGUCACGACUCUUCUCAAAGCGAGAGGCAUCGAUCUGGACCAUAAACGCUUCCUUAUUCUCCAGGGAGAAGUUGAGUCUAUCGCCCAGAUGAAGCCCAAAGCUCAAACCGAACAUGACGAGGGAUUGCUCGAGUAUCUCGAGGAUAUCAUCGGGACAUCCGUGUAUAAGCAACCUAUCGAAGACGCAUUUGCCGAGUUAGACAAACUAGGAGAGGAGCGCUCGGAGAAGUUGAACCGCCUGAGGCUCGUGGAGAGAGAGAAGCAAUCUCUUGAAGCGGACAAGAAAGAGGCAGACGACUUUUUACGCAACUCCAAUGAAUAUGCGCGCGUUCAAUCCCGUCUCUUUCAGUGGCAUAUGUAUCAGACGCAGCUCAAGAUAGAUCAAUGUGCUCACAAAAUGGACGAGCUUCAAGCCGAGUUGGUGGCACAAACCGAGGCCAACAAGGAGCAUAUACAGCAGUCGGAAGAGCUACAAGAGCACUAUAACAACCAGGAGAAGAAGCUCAAGCGUGCAGAUUGCGAAGAAGAGGCCGAGACUGCCACCGCACACUUGUCCUCCCAGACAAAACGCGAAGUGGAACUAACGGAAAGGAAAAAGGUGGCAGAUGCUAAGAUUAAGAAGUGCACAAAGUCGAUUGCUGAAGACAAAGCGUCAAAAUCCGAAGCUGACCACAGCAUUCGCCACAACUCGGAGAUCUUGGAACGCAGCCAAGCCGAGGUAGACAAGCUCGAAGAGAGCCUUGCUCAAGAAGAGAAGAAGCUCGAGGAUAUCGUGGACAGUUUGAAGGACAAAACACAGGUCUUUACUAAGCAGAUAGAAGCAAAGCAGAGAGAGCUCCAACCCUGGAGUGCAAAGUUGAGGCACAAGGAGGGCGAGAUCAAGAUCGCUCAGAACGAGCAAGACAGUCUCAAACGAAAAGUCGAGGCCGUCAAAACAGCGGGAACAGAGGCAAAAGCUGCAUUAGAGGCUUUACGCACAGAGAAGGCGAGCAAAGAAAACGACAAGAAUCAGGUGCAACAGGAAAAAGCAGAGGCUCAACGGGAGUUGGCCGACAAGCAGCGGUCAUUUGAGACUCUGCGUGGCGAACUUGUCAAUCUUCGCGGCAAGGCUUCCGCUUCACAACAAAAAGUUGAAGAGGCAAGAGCUUCACAAGCGCAAAAUCGCUCAGCGAAUGCGGUCCUUGAUAGCCUGACCAAGCUUUCUCAAACGGGCCGAGUUCAAGGCUUCCAUGGUCGUUUGGGAAGCCUCGGUACUAUACCAGACGAGUACGAUGUGGCUAUUUCGACGGCAUGUGGCAUUCUCAACAAUUUGGUUGUCGAUACGGUCGAGCAGGCCCAAACAUGCAUUGAAUAUCUGCGCAGUCAAAACAUUGGGCGUGCUUCUUUCAUCGCUCUCAACAAGCUUCCGAAGCAGACAUACGAACGCAUUGAAACGCCGGAAGGCGUCCCGCGGCUUUUCGACCUGAUCAAGCCCAAGGAUCCCAAAUACCUUCCAGCUUUCUGGAAGGGUGUGAGCAACACGCUCGUUGCAAAGGAUUUGCAACAAGCCAACCGCAUCGCAUACGGCGCAAAACGAUGGCGCGUAGUAACCUUGGCCGGCCAGCUGAUUGAUACAUCUGGUACCAUGUCUGGCGGUGGCAACAAGCCGAUGAAAGGUCUCAUGAGCUCGAAGCUAGCUUCGGAUUCCGUCCAGCCAGAAGUUCUCAAGAGGUUCGAAAAGGAGAGCGAACAGGACGCCUUGGCUGUUGCAAACGCUAUAUCUGCCUUGGCGCGUUUAGAAUCUGAGAUCGACGACUUGAAAGGGAAAGGACCGGCCCUCGACCUUGCUUUACAAAAGCUGAACAUGGAUCUUGGUGUAUCCGUGCAACGUAUCCAAGAAGCAGAGAAGCGCUUGCGAGAACUCGAGAAGCAGAGUAAACCGGAUCAAGCAGAUAUCCAGCGCAUUGCGGUGCUCGAGAAGGAGAUUGAACGCUCUCAGAGGGAACUAGAGCAACUCACUCGCGACUCAGCUGCAAUUGAACAAGCCAUACAAGAGCUUCAGGAAAAGAUCUUGGACGUUGGUGGUGUUCGCCUUCGCGCACAGAAAUCCAAAGUCGAUGGCAUAAGGCAAAUGCUCGAUCUUGAAAACGACAAGAUCACCAAGGCUGAAGUACAUCUCGCUAAAGCGAGAAAGGAUGCCGAAAAGUAUGCAAAGUCUCUCGCAGCAAACGAAGAGGCCUUGGAGGCGAGUGCAGAAGUCCUGGAGCAACUGCAGAAUGAGCUUUCGGUCGUCAAGUCUGACGUUGCUGGCGUUCAAAAGACUGUAGACGCUGCCAAUAGCAGAUUCGAGUUAGCGAAGGACGAGCUUGAUGCGAUUAAAGCCGAAUUGGAAGAAAAGUUGGAGCUUACGAGAGAGUUCAGAAAGAAGGAGAACGAGAUCAAGACGGCGUUGAAGGACGCCGAAAAGGAGCUCAAGGAGAACCAACAACGACACUCGACGUACAAAGAACGACAUGAUAAGCUCGAGCUUCAGGAGAUUGACGAGGACGAGGAAGACGAAGCUGCGGCAGCGGCCGAAGCUGAGAAAAAGAAACAAGACGCGAUGGAUGAGGAUGAGGACGAAAACAAGAUGGAAGUUGAUCCUCCCACCAAGACGGAUCCCUAUCAGUUUUACUGGUAUACGCCAGAGGAGUUAGAAUCCUUUAGCCAACGUCAACUUGUGGCUGAUGUCGCACUUUAUGAGGAACGCGUCCGAACUGCAAAGCCCAACAUGGAUGUCCUCAAGCAGUACCGCAAACGAGAGCAGGAGUUUUUGGCGCGGGCGCAAGAUUUGGAUGCCGUCACAGCUAAGCGGGAUGCUUGCAAGAAGCAUUAUGAUGACUUGCGGAAGAAGCGACUUGAGGAGUUUAUGUCUGGAUUCAAUCAAAUCUCUUCCAAGCUCAAGGAGAUGUAUCAAAUGAUCACACUGGGUGGAAAUGCUGAGCUCGAAUUGGUGGAUAGUAUGGAUCCGUUCUCCGAAGGGAUCAUCUUCAGCGUCAUGCCGCCCAAGAAGAGCUGGAAGAAUAUCUCGAAUCUUUCCGGUGGCGAAAAGACGUUAAGCUCAUUGGCUUUGGUCUUCGCGUUGCACGUCUUCAAGCCAACUCCGCUGUACUUUAUGGACGAGAUUGAUGCCGCCCUCGACUUCCGAAACGUCUCGAUUGUGGCAAACUAUAUCAAAGAUCGAACGAAGAACGCACAAUUUAUCAUCAUCUCCCUGCGUAACAACAUGUUCGAGCUUAGCCAUCGACUUAUUGGCAUCUACAAGACUUCAAACGCUACACGGAGUAUCACAAUUGACAAUCACGAUCUCAACCGGGCCCCUUCUGUAUCUACCUAG